GUGUGCCAUCCAUUAGAAUUCAUAUAAAAGCGUGAGCCACAAAGCAUUCUAAUCAGUCGGCUGUGAAAAUUCUAGUGAUAACGAAUCACACUUCCGAAACUAGGAAAAAGUGCUGGUUUGAAGUAACACGAGAAACAGUUUUGAGCAGUAAUAUCCGGUAAACUCAGUGCUAUCCAUUGUUCAUCGAAGUCAGUCAUACAAGGUGCAUUGAAGCAUCAACGACACAAAGAAUGCGGUUCCUGACACUUGCUGUAAUCUUCCUGGCGGUUUUCUUGGUAGGACUCCCGAAGGACACCAAAGCCGAUAUCUACUCCGAAAUGAAAGAUUGCGCUUGCUCGUUCAACUACCUCCCAGUAUGCGGCAGUGACAACCACACUUACUCCAAUGAAUGCAUGCUCGGAUGUGCUAUGAGGACACCAACGGGUGCUAGAAUAGGACUCCGUAAACUUCAUAAUGAAUCAUGCGAUCCGAUAAGCUUCAACAACCAAUCGAGUCGAGCUAAAAUGCGUCAUCUGAUAAUUACCUUUGCGGUUUUGGCCAUCUUUGGGGCCCUGCUAGCGGAAGCUAACGUCGGCGACAUACGUCGAGGUGUUUGUGCCUGUCCGAGAAUUUAUCGACCCGUUUGUGGCAGCGACCAGCAAACCUACAGCAACGAGUGCCUUCUGAAGUGCCAGAUCUCAACGGAUUUGGGUAGAUCUAGCGGGCUAAAGAAACUUAAGGACGGAAUAUGCGAUGACUUGCAUGAUGAUAUCCCAGAAUAAUUUUGCGGAUUUCUGGCUUUGACUAUGGCAGAUAUAUGGAUAACAAUAUAAUUUGGCGUAAUAAAUUGAAAAUCAAUUGAGGGGAAGAUGUGAUAUCGAAAGAAAGGUACAAUAAAAUUAAUUUAUCACCAUUAGAA